CCAGAAAUCUCUCAUGGCCGAGACGCUGCAGCGGUGCUUGAGCGUGCCGCUCGGCGGCGCGUUGCCAGACGACGUACAUGCCGUGUCCGUGUCGAUGCCCGAGUGGCAACAUGUUGAGCUGUACGAACAAGGGUGUCCUGAAUUGCAUGCGUCGCUGCGGUCGGGGUACCCGCGGUUUGUCUAUCAUGCGUACGUGAAAGCUGUCAACGAGUGGUGUUGGGAGAAGUACGUGAACGACCCGACCAAGGUCGUGUAUGUGUUACCUACGUAUGCCGUGGCAAAACGAUGUGAAGCGUUCUUGUUGGCGACGUUUUCGGGGCCCUUGCCGCUAAUUCCGUUGAACAUCGCCGGCGCCGUGGCGAUAGUACUCCCUGUCAACGCUGUUCGAUCUUUCAAAUCGUUUUGGCAACACAGCGGUGAAAUACUGUCGUCGCGCAUGGCACUCCAUAUCUUGCAGUACAAAGACAAUGGUGACGUGGCCGGUCAUCCACACAAGUCCAUGGACGGCACCAACGUCCACGCAAGACUGCGCGACCGCGUCGCGUCCAUGUAUCCGCACAUCACACCCAGGGACGUGUUCCUGUAUCCUUGCGGGAUGGCGGCCAUUUUCGCGGCAUUUCGCGUCGUCCAGAAGCUCAAGUCGACUCAAGGCCGCGUGGUGCUCUUUGGAUUCCCUUACCUUGACACGCUGAAAAUGAUGCGACGGAUUGAAUGGAGCUGUGGAAACGUUUUGUUUUACCCCAACGGGACCAGCGCCGAUAUGGAUGAAGUCGAUAAACUGGACUCGAUGGCUGCCAUUUUCACCGAGUUCCCUACAAACCCAUUGCUCCAGAGUGCAGACCUGAAGCGCUUGGCAGAUAUCGCACAUCGACACAACACUGUCUUGGUCGUGGAUGACACGAUUGGGUCGUACAACGUUCAGGUCCUGGAAGCUGGCGUCGACUUGGUGGCGACCAGCUUGACCAAAAUCUUCACCGGGGCCGGCACCGCGAUGGCCGGGUCGUUGGUCGUAAACUCCGCCAGUCCGUGGUAUACAACUUUGCACAACGAAUACGCCUCCGACAGCUAUAUCUUUGAAGAUGACUGCGUCGAGAUUUUAGAAGCGUCCAAGGACGUCUGUGAGCGCAUCCAUCGAGUGAACUCGUCGGCGUCGGCGAUCGCCAGUCGCUUUGCGACGCAUCCGCAAGUUGAAACGGUGUAUUACCCCAAGUUUGUCGACUCUGCGCAGUACAGCGCAAACUUGACGUAUCACAGCACGACGGCAGAUGCAUUUGGACCGCUCAUGUCGGUGGUGCUCCAUGGCGGCGAACCGGCCGCGAAAGCAUUUUACAAUGCCCUCGGGUUUGCCAAAGGCCCGAGCCUCGGCACCAACUUCACGUUGGCAUGUCCGUACACGUUGUUGGCGCACUACGACGAGCUCGACUACGUCGAGUCAUGUGGAGUCGAUCGAAACUUAAUUCGCAUUUCCAUCGGCCUCGAAGACGUCGAUGAAAUCUGGAGCCACAUGGAAGUCGCGCUGCGGGCGGCCGCGGAUGCCGCCGGCCAAGAGAACAAGUCCCAUAAUGGACAUGCGAUGGGUUUUCCUUGAGCAAACGAACGGCAGCCGGUGCAUCCAGUCGACAUAUCGGUCGCACAAGGUGGCCAUUGAAUUGACUCACUUGCCCGACGAUACCUCCGCCGGACGCGCCUCCGUGGAUGCCCCUUGGAAGAACUUGUGGACUUGAAUUUAGAAGUGUCGGUGAACAGGAUCAUUCGCGGACGUUGGUGUGUGUGUGGGGGGGACGAAAGCGCAGUGACACGACCGUCCAAAUUGACUACACCAGCUCUACUGGAACCUCCUCAAACGCGUCACUCCCUGUGAAAUGGUUCAUGGAGGUUGGGGACGUCGCUGCUACCAAGGCUGCCAGAGCAGCAGUUGCCAUGAUGGAGAUGGCAUGACGAACUCUAGCGAUCGACGUUGGCUUCAUGGAGAUCACAUCGCUGACCAUUUUUCAAUGUUUGUACGCUACUUUACACGGAGCGCGUUGGUUUCAAAGCACUCUUCGUCAAUCGUCCAAAAGAGGCACCAGCCCACACCCCACAGAAUCCACGCCGCGCCUGUGGCCAACCCGUCGCCUGCUCCGCCAUACAACGCGUCUGGAAACAACACCAUUGCUGCGCCAUCCAACAUGCCCGCGACUGUCGUUGCAAUCACAAUUGAGAAGAGCACGUUCGGCUUGGUGAGGCUGCCCAAGGCUACGCGCGCCGUUUGCACAAUGGCGAAACUCACGGGAAUCGACGCAGCAAACAGCAAGAGAGUGUACAAGAGGGGGGCGUUCGAGUCGAAGAAGACACGGCGCGUCCACUUUACAAACAGCGCCGCCACCACCCAAAUCGCACUUCCAAACACAGCGCUUUUGACCGCAAAGGCACGGAACUCGCGACCCAUGCCGCCGAUAGCCAAUUGAGAAAUGGCCCCGUGGGUCGAAC